UUUGCAUCAAUUGACGAUGGCGCGGAUGGCUGGCGCGAGUGUAGCCGCGAUCUCGCACCGCCUCGACGCGCUCCCGACGACCCGCGGCUGCGGCGGCAUCUCGCCCUACUACCUCAAGCUGCUGCACUCGGCCGGCGUCGGCUGGGCCAUGGACGCGAUGGACACGUUUCUCUUCACGUACUGCCUCACGCUCAUCGAGUCGGAGUUUGCGACCGAGUACAACCGCGUCUUCACGUCGUCCGAGCGCGGCAUCCUCUCGUCGUCCGUCUUUGCAGGCUCGCUCGUCGGGUCGUUCCUCUUUGGGCACAUGGCCGACAUGUACGGCCGCAAGCCCAUGUUCACGUGGACCAUGAUCACGUUCGCGUUUGGCAACAUCAUGUGCGCGAUGGCUGACAGCUACGGCAUGCUGCUCACGUUCCGCUUCAUCGCUGGCGUUGGCCUCGGCGGCGAACUCCCCGUCGCCACGACGCUCGUCCAAGAGCUCUCGCCCAAGGCGACGCGCGGGCGGAUCAUUGUCAUCCUCGACGCCUUCUGGCCCAUUGGCUGCAUCCUCGCGAUCGUUCUCGCGCGCGAAGUCACCAAGGAAGUGUCGUGGCGCUGGGUCUUUGCCCUCUCGACGCUGCCCGUCUUGUAUGCGCUCACGGCCCGCAUGUUUGUGCCCGAGUCGCCCAAGUGGCUCGCGAGCGUCGGCCGGUCCAACCAAGCCGAAGCCAUUUUGCGUGCGAUCGAGGCCGACCACGGGAUCUACCACGUCUCUGCCUCCACCAACAACACCACCACCAACACGACCGACUCCAAGAUCGCUGACGAGAUUGCCGCCGAUGUCUUUCGCUACCGCCGGCUCUCGACGCGGCAGCGGGUCGCGCUCCUCUUCCGCGGCGUCUACCUCAAGCGCUCCAUGGUGCUCCAUGUCAUCUGGCUCGGCCUCUCGUUUGCCUACUUCUCCAUCUACACGUGGCUGCCGACGAUCAUCGCGCAAAAGUCCAACGCGUUCGACUUGAACGGGUCCACGUGGACGCUCUUGGCGAUGGUCGCGUGCCAAGUGCCCGGGUACAUUGCGGCUGCGUACGCGGUCGAGGUCAUCGGCCGCAAGCUCACGCUGGCUGCGUUCCUCCUCGGGUCGUUCGCGUCGGCGAUUGUGUUUGGCUACGUGGCGCCGACAGCGGCCAACCUCCUCGUCACCGGCGGCCUUCUCUCGUUCUUUAUGCUCGGCGCAUGGGGCGCGCUGUAUGCGUAUACGCCGGAGAACUACCCAACCAAUAUCCGCGCCAUGGGCGCCGCGUACCCCGCGGGCAUCUCGCGCAUCGGUGCGAUUGGCGGCGCGUACGUCCUCCCGAUCCUCUCGGACCACGGGUGGUCGCCGGUCGCGAUCAUGUGGCUCAACGGUGGCGUCCUCGUCGGCACGGCCGUUGUGCUCAUUGUGUUUGGGUACGAGACGCGUGGCAUGAACAUCGACGACGUCUCGGGCUUUGAUAAUGUCGCGCAAGAGUACAUCACCGAGCUCCGAGACGACAGCUUUGACGAGGCCCACAUCCUCGCCUAAGACCGACGAGUGUAUUACUUCUUAAAUUAAACUACGCUACGA